CAAGCGAAUCACACCCUGAGCAUGAACGACUGCACCCCAAACACCACUAAGAUGGGACAAAACUUUACCCACAACGGUAAGUCGAGUGAUCUUAGACCUGUGAGCUACUCUACCUUCAUCAUGCCCACCUUAUUUGGCAUCAUUUGCCUCCUGGGCAUCGUCGGCAACAGCCUGGUGAUCUGCACUGUCUUCAAAAAAUCCAGCCCCGGCAGCAGUGUCCCUGACAUCUUCAUCAUCAACCUUUCCAUGGUGGACUUGCUCUUUGUCCUGGGCAUGCCCUUCCUUAUCCAUCAGCUGCUGGGCAAUGGCGCCUGGCAGUUUGGAGAAACCAUGUGCACCAUCAUUACCGCCCUGGAUGCCAACAGCCAGUUCACCAGCACCUACAUCCUCACCGCCAUGUCCAUUGAUCGCUACCUGGCCACUGUCUACCCAUUUACCUCCACCCGCUUCAGGAAGCCCCCUGUGGCCAUCUCAGCCAUCUGUGUGCUGUGGGCUCUAUCCUUCCUCAGCAUCACUCCAGUGUGGAUGUACGCACAGCUCAUUCCCCUGCCAGGAGGGCUGCUGGGCUGCGGGAUUCGCCUGCCAGACCCUCAGUGGGACAUCUACUGGUACACCCUCUACCAGUUCUUCCUGGCUUUUGCCAUCCCUUUUGCCCUCAUCACAGUGGCCUACAGGAGGAUCCUGCUGAGGAUGGCCAGGUCCUCACAAGCAUUGACAGGGCAGAGAUGCACCAGGCUCCGGACCAAAAAGGUGACCCGGAUCGCCAUCGCCAUCUGCCUGGUGUUCUUUGUGUGCUGGGCCCCUUUCCAUGUUCUACAGCUGGUCCAGUUGGCCGUGCACCAGCCCACCUUGGCUUUCUACUAUGCCUACAAUGUGGCUAUCAGCCUAGGUUACGCCAAUAGCUGCCUGAACCCUUUCAUUUACAUCUUGCUCGGACAGAACUUCCGCAGAAAAAAUGUUGUCUCUGUCAGGCCUGCAGAUGCAGGAGAGGAUACAUCCCAAAAUCGGAUCAAAAGUGGCCGGGCACAACCUAGCGAGUCUGGGCAGCCUCUGUUGCAUUUGGUCUCUGUCUCAGCCAGGUAG